AUGCCAUCCUCCGUCGCCACCACCCCGGCCGUGACGCUCCCACCCGACUACCUCGAGCGCACGUACGCUGGGGUGCUUGGCAAGUUGAUUGGCGUCUACCUUGGCCGGCCAUUUGAGGGCUGGACGCACCAGAGGAUCAUGGCUGAGCUAGGCCCCAUCAAGUACUAUGUGCAUGAGCAGUUGAAUGUGCCGUGUGUCGUGACAGACGACGACGUGUCGGGCACAUUUGCGUUUGUGCGCGCGCUGGAAGAGCACGACGCGCACUCACUUGGCAGCCUGGAGAUUGGCAAGACGUGGCUCAACCAGGUCGUCGAGCACAAGAGCGUGUUCUGGUGGGGCGGCAGGGGCCUGUCGACCGAGCACACCGCGUUCCUCAACCUCAAGCAGGGCAUACCCGCGCCGGACAGCGGCAGCAUCAAGACAAACGGCCAGACGGUGGCGGAGCAGAUUGGCGCUCAAAUCUUCAUCGACGGCUGGGCCAUGGCCUGCCCCGGCCGCCCCGAGCUCGCAGCUAGCCUUGCCGAGGCCGCAGGCAGGGUCAGUCACGACGGCGAGUCGGUGCACGCCGCCGUGCUCUGGGCUGCCAUGGAGGCCGAGGCGUAUGUCUCCAGCGACGUCGACCACCUCAUCAACACCGGCCUGAAGUUUAUCCCUCGCGACUCGCUUAUUGCGAGUAUUGUCGCCGACGUUCGCGCGUGGGUCAAGGACGACCGCGACUGGGUCGCGACCCGCCAGCGCAUCGAAGACACGUACGGCUAUGACAAGUUCCCAGGCCACUGCCACGUCGUCCCUAACCACUGCAUCAUGGUCAUGUCCCUUCUCUACGCAGAAAAUGACUUUACACGCUCCAUGGAGAUUGUCAACACGUCCGGUUGGGACACAGACUGCAACUCGGGCAAUGUUGGGUGUCUCAUGGCCAUCAUGCUCGGCAUGGACGCCUUUGACCGCCCCGGUGCGCCAGACUGGAGGGGUCCCAUCGGUGACCGCGCCAUUAUCUCCAGCGCGGACAACGGCUACUCUAUCAACAGCGCCGCGCGUAUUGCGACCGACAUUGUCAACAUGGGCCGCUGCCUCGCUCGCAAGGCCCCCCUCCCGCCGGCCAAGGACGGCGCGCAGUUUCACUUCACCCUGCCCGGCUCAACCCAGGGCUUUCGUGUUCGCAGCUCCAAGGGAUCAGCAUACCAGGCUGUCGACACCAAGCGCGGACCAGCCCUCUGUCUGGAGCUCGACGGCCCCAUCGAGGUCACCACCCCCAUUAGCGCACCCAAGGAGUACCUCUCCAUGCCGACCACAUAUUUUCUCUCGUCCUCCCCGCUUGUGUACCCCGGCCAGCGCCUCCGUGUUGCUCUGCGCGCCGGAGCGGACCUCAGCCAGCCUGUCGAGGCGCGCAUCCGCCUCCAGGUGUUCUACGCGGACAACAACAUUGUCCCGGUCGACAGCGAAGACUUUGUCCUCUUGACUCCCGGCGACGACGAGCUGCACGUGCUCGAAUGGACCAUCCCUCAGAUUGCCCAUGGAUACCCCAUCGCCGAGGCCGGGGUCGUCACCACGGGCAGCAGCGGCACGGUGUGGCUUGACAGCUUUGGCUGGAGCGGCCAGCCGGACCUCACCAUCUCCCGCCCCAACAGCGCGCCUCACGCCGCCAGCACCUUCUGGGACCUGCAGUGGGUCCAGAACGUGAGUGGUUUCUUCGCCUUUCCGCCCACGACCCUCCUCAUUGCGCAGGACAUCGGUGAGGGCCUCGUCAGCUACGGUACGCGUGACUGGACCGACUACCGCGUCACGGUGAGCGACUUUGUCAUGAAGCUGGGCAGUCCCGCCGGCGUCACCAUUCGCGUACGGGGCCUGCGGCGGUGGUACGCCCUCUUGUUCUCCGAGUCCACCGAGGGCAAGUAUGUGUCUCUCGUCAAGGCGCUCGACGAGCAGCGUAUCGAGCUUGCCACGGCCGAGUUCCAGUGGACGCUCGAUUCCCCUUACGAGAUCAGCCUCGCUGCCAAUGGGCCGACCAUCACCGGAAGCGUCGGUGGUGUCACUCUCACAGCCACCGAUGAACAGUACGUCGGCGGAGCGAUGGGCUUCGUCGUCACUUCGGGCUCCCUGGCCACGGGAACUAUCCGUAUCCAGUCUUGCAAGUAG